ACAAAGUUUACUCUAAAAUACGAAAAAAGUGUCUUUGUCAUUAUUUGACGGAAUGACUGCAGAUCAGCGUAGUUUCAAAGGGGAAUGUAAACAUUAAAGUGAAGUCACAAAAUUGUUUUUGAAAUAAAUUGAAAAUAUUAAAUUUUGGCUUUAAAUAAGGCACUAAUUGACUAAUCACAACGAUUAACACAUUAAACGAUGGACAAUGAUGACAAGAAACUAGAAUGGAUGUAUAAAGGCAAACAUGAUGUCAACAGAGACGAUUUUUUAACUGGAAAGAAAGUUGACAAGCAUUUUGAAGAAAAUGAACUGGGAAAUUGUGUUGACUUUGAAUGCUUGCCUUCAUCUAUUGGUCGCAUAUCCAAUGUUGGAACUGAAAAGUACAGUCAAGUUGAUAUUUUAAGGAAGGAGAUGGAAGAUCCAUUAAUGCUCAUUAAACAGAAAGAAAUGGAAGCAAGAAGGAAAAUUUUGGAAAAUCCACUGAAGUUGAAGAAGCUGAAUGAGAUUUUAAAGAAGGAAAAGAAAGAACCAGAGAAAUCAUCAAAAAAAAAGAGUAAGAAAAGAAGCAGAUCCAGUUCGUCAAGUUCGUCUUCCAGUGAUUCUGAAGAUUUGGACAAAUUAUUAAUGGAAAAAUAUAAGAAAUUACAAGGAAAAUCACAGCAGCAAGAUGAUGAUGAUGAUGAGGAAUCAAAUUAUGUGGACAGGAAAUUCAAGGCACUAACCACUGAACUUGAUAAAAUUGCAAAAAAGAAGAAAAAAAGGUCAUCAUCAAGUGAAAGUUCUUCUAAUGAACGAAAUUCAAGGCAGAACAACAGAAUGCAAUGGUCAAAUGACAGACGAGGUAUGAAUCGAAAUAACGAUUAUCGCCCUAAACGUGGAAAUCCUCGUGAACAAUACAUUCGUGGACGUUCACAUGAAAAAAGAUAUAAUAAGUAUAGAAGUAGAGAUCGUUCACUUGAAAGAAAAAAAUCUGUUAGUCGUGGCAGGUCACAUGAAAAGCGAUUUGAUAAAAACAGAAGUCGAGAUAGAUCCAGAGAGAGGAAAAUGUUCAGUAUUCGUGGACGUUCACAUGAGAAACGUAACAAGAAAGACAGGAGCAGAGAUCGUUCUCGUGAACCCAAAAGAUCCAGCGAUAAGAAUAGAUCACGUUCAAGAGAACAGCGUGUAAAUUACAGAGAUAAAUCAGGUGAAGAUAAGUAUAGAAAUCGGGACUUUUCGAGAGACAUAGAUGACAGAAAUACACGUCCAAAAGAUCGAAAUCGUAGAGAUGGCAACAAUAGACAUCGAUCAAGAUCUGUUGAGGAUUUACGCAGCAAAAAACUUGACAAGAAAAUGUCACUAAGUCCUCAAAAAUCAUCACAAUCCUCAUCACCAGAUAUCAGAAAGCCACCAUUCAGUACCAAACAGUUUGGUUUAGUCACAGCAUCUGGUGAGAAAAUUGAAAUGUCAAAUAAAGGCGAGGUCAAAAAGUACACGAAAGAAGAACUGAAACCAAAACGUGAAGCACCAAAAAAGUUCGAUAAAAAUGUUAAGGCACAACUUACAGAAGAGGAAAAAGAAAAAAGAUAUCGUGAAAUGCUGUCUAAUGCUGAUUGGAGGGAAAAGGAUAGAGAACAGAAUGUCAAAAAAUACAAUGAUGAAGUACAGCAAGAACAAAAAACAUUUGAAAAAGAUUUUGAUAAAGAUUUCAUUAAUAGAAAUAUUAAGCAUGCUCAGGCACAAAUUGGUUCAUUAGAGAGUAGAAUUAAGAGUAAUGUAAAUAAUAUUCAAAGAUCAGGACAGUCAAUGAACCAGAAUUUCGCUAAACGUUAAUAAUAUCCAAAACAUAAGUAAUAAAAUAAUAAUGUUGACUCUUUUAAUUUAAGCGUGUGUUAAGCACGGAAG